CUGGGGCUGGGGCUCGCCUCGCCCCGCCCGGGGGGAGCCGGCCCUGGGCUUGGGGCUGCUGGCUUUGGGGUUUUGAGGCUGCUGGCUUUGGGCUUUUGGGGCUGCAGCGCGGCCCCCCUUCGGGACGGCCCCGAGCCGGGACUGGGCACCAUGAGGCCACCGCUCCCCCGGGGGCACGAGCCCCCCGUGGCUCCGGCUCGUGGCUCUCUGAGAUGUCCGUGAGGCCCGAAAGCUAUGCAGCUACUUCAGCGCUGAAGAGGAUCGCCGCAGACAUGAGCAACAUCAUCGAGAGCCUGGACACCCGGGAGCUCCACUUCGAGGGAGAAGAGGUCGACUCGGAGGUGCUGAAUGACCCAAAAGGUGCAGCCUGCAUCCCCUUCUCCGCCAUCUACCACACCUGCGGAUUCAAGGAGCCGGGCACGCAGACGUACCUGACGGGAUGCCCUGUGCGGGUGCGCGUGUUGGAGGUGGAGCGCUUCACUUCCACGAAGAAGGUACCAAGCCCGAACGUGUACACCAUCGAGCUGACCCACGGAGAGUUCACAUGGCAGGUGAAAAGGAAGUUCAAGCACUUCCAGGAGUUCCACAGGGAGCUGCUGCGGUACAAAGCCUUCGUGCGCAUCCCCAUCCCUACCAGGAGCCACACGGUGAGACGACAAUCCAUCAAAAGGGGAGAGCCGAGGCAGAUGCCGAGCCUGCCGCACACGGCGGAGAGCACGGUGCGAGAGGAGCACUUCUCCAGCCGGAGGAAACAGCUGGAAGACUACUUGACAAAGAUCCUGAAAAUGCCCAUGUACAGGAACUACCACGGAACAAUGGAGUUCAUUGGAGUAAGUCAGCUGUCAUUCAUCCACGACCUGGGACCAAAGGGCAUGGAAGGUAUGGUCAUGAAGCGCUCCGGGGGCCACCGCAUACCGGGCCUGAACUGCUGCGGCCAAGGAAGGAUGUGCUACCGCUGGUCCAAGAGGUGGCUGGUGGUGAAGGACUCCUUCUUGCUCUACAUGAAGCCGGACUCAGGUGCCAUUGCCUUCGUGCUGCUGGUGGAUAAGGAGUUCAACAUCAAGAUAGGCCAGAAGGAAACAGAAACCAAGUACGGCUUGCAGAUCGACAAUCUCUCGAGGUCACUGAUUCUGAAGUGCACCAGUUACCGGCACGCCCAGUGGUGGAGGCAGGGAAUAGACGAAUUCAUUCGGAAGCACGGCAGGGACUUCCUCACGGAGCACCGGUUCGGGUCGUACGCGGCCGUGCAGGAGAACACGCUGGCCAAAUGGUAUGUGAAUGCUAAGUGCUACUUUGAAGAUGUCGCAAAUGCCAUGGAAGCUGCUAAAGAAGAAAUCUUCAUCACAGACUGGUGGCUGAGCCCAGAGAUCUUCAUGAAACGGCCCGUUGUUGAAGGGAAUCACUGGCGGCUGGACUGCAUCCUCAAGCGCAAAGCACAACAGGGAGUGAAGAUUUUUGUUAUGCUGUACAAAGAGGUGGAGCUUGCCCUGGGGAUCAACAGUGAAUACAGCAAGCGGACGCUCAUGCAUCUCCACCCAAACAUAAAGGUGAUGAGGCACCCGGACCACGUGUCCUCCUCCGUGUACCUCUGGGCCCACCACGAGAAGCUCGUCAUCGUCGACCAGUCGGUGGCGUUUGUGGGCGGCAUCGACCUGGCGUACGGCCGGUGGGACGACGACGAGCACCGCCUGACCGACGUGGGCAGCGUCAAGCGGAUGGGGGCGAAGUCGCUGUCCAUGGCCAACCUGGCAUCCACAGCGGAGUCCUCUGAACACAUCGCCCUGCAGUCCCAAGCCUCAUCCCCGGAAAGCCAUCUGUUCCAGAGGAACGCUGAUGACGUCCCAGACUUGUCAAAAAUGAAAGGGAUCGGAAAAUCCAAGAAGUUUUCAAGGUUCAGUAUUUACAAGCAUCUCCAUAAGCAUGGCAUGCACCACGCUGACAGCGUCAGCAGCAUAGACAGUGAAUCAAGUUACUGUAACCCCCCUAGGAGUCAACCGAAUAUAAUCCAGAGUUUAAAGCCCCACCUGAGAAUGUUCCAUCACCACACUGAGUCCAAACAGGGGCUCACUGAGCCUCCGGAGGUUAAAGGAUCCAUCCGCAGCUUGAAGACGGGUGUUGGCGAGCUGCUUGGCGAAACGAGGUUCUGGCACGGCAAAGACUAUUGCAACUUCGUCUUUAAAGACUGGGUUCAGCUUGACAAACCUUUUGCUGACUUCAUUGACAGAUACACCACCCCCAGGAUGCCCUGGCAUGACAUCUCCUCCGUGGUGCAUGGCAAAGCGGCGCGCGACGUGGCCCGGCACUUCAUCCAGCGCUGGAACUUCACCAAGAUCAUGAAGCCCAAAUACCGAUCCCUGUCCUACCCAUUCCUGUUGCCAAAGACUCAGCAAACUGCUCACGAAUUGAAGUACCAGGUGCCUGAGGCUGUUCAUGCCACCGUCCAGGUGAUCCGUUCUGCUGCUGACUGGUCGGCUGGCAUUAAAUACCACGAGGAGUCCAUCCACAACGCUUACAUCAGCGUGAUAGAGAACAGCAAGCACUACAUCUAUAUAGAGAACCAGUUCUUUAUUAGCUGUGCUGAUGACAAAGUUGUCUGGAACAAGGUUGGCGAUGCAAUUGCUCAGAGGAUUCUUAAAGCACACAGGGAAAACAAGCGUUUCCGAGUGUACGUGGUGAUCCCGCUGCUGCCUGGCUUUGAAGGUGACAUCUCGACGGGAGGGGGCAAUGCGCUGCAGGCCAUCAUGCACUUCAACUACAGGACCAUGUGCCGAGGAGAAAACUCUAUCCUGGGCCAGCUGAAAGCAGAGGUUGGAGAUAAAUGGAUCAACUACAUUUCAUUCUGCGGACUCCGAACAUAUGCAGAGUUGGAAGGAAAACUGGUCACCGAGCUCAUCUACGUUCACAGCAAGCUGCUUAUUGCUGAUGACAACACGGUCAUAAUCGGCUCUGCCAACAUCAACGACCGCAGCAUGCUGGGCAAGCGGGACAGCGAAAUGGCCAUCAUCGUGCAGGACACCGAGACCGUGCCCUCGGUGAUGGACGGGGAGGAGUACAGCGCUGGGAAGUUCGCCCAGUCCCUGCGGCUGCGGUGCUUCAGGGUUGUCCUCGGCGGCUCUGAUCUCAAUCCAGACCACCAGGAUCCCGUCUGUGAAAGAUUCUUCAAGGAGGUGUGGAUCUCCACAGCAGCUCGCAACGCCACCAUCUUCGAUAAGGUGUUUCGAUGCCUGCCCAGUGACCAGGUGAAUAAUUUAGCCCAGCUGCGUGACUUCAUCAACAAACCAAAAUUAGCAAAUGAUGACCCUGCAAAAGCAGCAGAAGAAUUAAAAAAGAUCCGUGGGUUUCUGGUACAAUUCCCCUUCCGCUUCCUGGAGGAAGAGUACUUGCUUCCCUCCGUCGGAACAAAGGAGUCCAUGGUACCCAUGGAGGUUUGGACUUAAGAAGAUGUAGACUGCUUUGCGUUUUCAAGUCUGGUUCUUUAGAGACAAGUUGAUGAACAAUAUGUGAUUUCUGAAAGCUGUUCAUUGCGAAGGGCGGCAAAAAAGACCUCCACCAAGCUAAUGUGCCUUUCGGAAGGAUUUUGGUGGAGGAACUGCAAGCAAAUCAACACUAGCGAAGGAGAGGAGGGGAAAGACUUGGAAAUUAUGGCAAAAAAAUAAGUUUGUCUGAAGGAGUUACUUCUAAGACGCGUUCUGAGCACCUUAAGGAUGCAGGCCACUUGCUGGGAUAGGAACCAAAUCCUAACUGCUGUUGUUACCACUGCCAGCUGUGUACUGUGGUUGCGUACGUUCUGUGAUCGUGCUGUGGCUGCGCAGGAGUCGUGGGCUGCGUGUGCUUUCUCAGGCUUUCAGGUACCCGCGCAUCGGCUCGCCGGAGCCCCUCACCUCGCCUCGUACGCUGUCAGAGCCCUCGUGCAGCUCUCCACAAAGUGCUGCUGGUGCUGCCGUGGGCUGUCCGACCAUCUCAGCUUGCCAAGCGUAGACGUUUCACUGCUUAGAUGGAAACAUACGAGCAAUCUUUUAUCAGAAUCAGUAUUUUGGUCUCUUCUCCCCUCUAGGCGGGGAAAAAAAUACUGUUUUUUAGUACAGCUAGAGCAAUCAGCAUGUCUUACACGUAGCACGGCACCGUGUAGGCCUUGGCAAAGGGCAGCCUCACUGGAGCUGGCUGAAGGUGCUGGAAGUCAGUGGCAUUUUCUGGCCUUUACAGAAAUGCAGCACGUGCGUUUGUUUAAACUGUGCCUGAAGGCUUUCUUCAAGAGAACCAAGUUUUAAACUGAAGUCGUAGAUCUCUGGAGCUGAAGGAAGACGAGGCACUGAGUGUGACAGGGAACAGAGACUCAACAGCCAGCAUGGGCCAUGCUAAGCUCUGUGCCCUGGGCCCUUUACUCAUGCAUUUGUAUGACAUUACAUGGAUAGACUUUUCUUUCCAUUCCUUUCCCUCCCCAUUUAAAAGAAGGCAAAGGCCGUUGAGCUAGAGGUGAAGCCUCAGGCCAGCCGUGCUCACCCUGAGCUGACACAUCACUUUGUAGACUGCUGAACGCAAGGGGAAGGGGAGCAAUUAGCAAAACCUCGUCUCUGAUCUACUUUGUUAUUACACCAGCCACGGUCUUGAGCCCAUUUGUGCAGGAUGUCUUCUCAAUACAGGUGGAACUCAGUUUCCAAGCUUUUCUGCACCUCACAGUAUAGCGAAGCAGUGAUUUUAUUAGGCAUCCCUGGGCAAAACACUACUGUCUUGGGCCAGGACGUGGCUUGGUGGGUGCCACCCUGGGACUUCGCGCUGCCCUCCGUCCCACAGUGAGCUGCGCCUCCCAGUUUCAUGUUCAGUACCUGCUGCAGUGCUGGGAGAGGUGCUCCCCAGCGGCACCAUGACAAACACUAAGAGAGCAGGCUGCUAGAAACGCCUAACAGGAGCCUGAUCUGCAGAAGUGGGAGCUGAGCUCCUCUGCUGUGUGUGCAGCCAAGGACUGCCUUCACUAGCGGGGCUCGGGUGAGGUCUGACCUGUGUUCCUCUGGGUGCCCAACCCUCCUUAGUCAAAAGCCCAGCUGAUCUGCCAUUUAAUUCAGUUCAUAAUCAAGCAUCUUAUUUCUUCUUUGACUCUGACAACAGUCUCACCUGUUUUUAACUGGAGAAGAAUCACACUGGUCAUCCAGCUGUCCUCAAAACAUAGCUGGCACCACGUUUUAGCUGAUCGUCUUUUCUAUCUUCAGAAACCUAAAUAGGCACCGAGUAAUUCUGCAUGCUGCAUCGCCUGUGUAAGCAACAAACACCGACGUUCCUCCAGGCAGCCCAAGUUUUAGCCACUUCCUCCAGUUCCCACUUUUUUAUGCUUGUGUUUUGUAGAUGCAAUUGCGAAUGACUCCUUUCUGUUUGGUGAAUCUGUGGUCUGGUUAGCCUGUUGGGGGUGCAUGGGCAGCAGUUUGUGCGAUAAUCUUUGAUCCAAGGGACUGAUGCUUUUGGCUGGCAUGCUGCUAGCAGAUAAGUACAUUCCCUUGAUUUUUUCCCUUAAAAAAAAUCCACCUGGGGACGCCCCCUGCAGAGCCAGAGCAACAUGCCAUGCCUCGACCAUUUGCAAUCAGAGGAGAUCAAAGGUGUCUUGUUAUUCCACAUCAGUGCUUGUUCAGAGCUUUUAUCUCUUGAUGUGUUUUUAGCUGGUUUAGUUUGAACAAAGCUGCUAACUUCAAACAAUUAUAGCCUGUCAGAACCAUUGUAAGUCACACAGGUCUGUAGUCAUAGUUGAAAAGGAAGCAUUCAACCCCACCACCCAUACACGUGAACCUUGCAGCAUGAGGCUCCUGUCAUCUUCUAAGUGCUCUUAUUGUCCCCAUCCCCAUAUUAGCAAAGUUUCUUAGAAUUGUUAAAUUAUACUUAGAUUGUCUUUUAGGGUGGCAGCAAACUACUGGGGCUUCACGACUCUGGUGGUGUUAGUGGAGUGCAGCUCCACGUGCCCCGGACAGCUGAUGGCACGGGAUCGAUGUCCAGGGGAUGCUCGGCUCUGCGCCCUUGUGCUCAGAGCUGGCAGCGCCUGUCUGUCCUCUGCAGCCCUCCUCGGAGAGCCAGAAGAGUUCUGUUUCUUAUAUUAAGAAGCCUGUGAGUUUUAACACCUUGAGAGAGUUGGUUCUGCACCUGAACAAUCACUACUCGUCAGUCCUUAAUGCCAGAGAGGUUUUGCUUUUCGUACUGCAGAGGAUGGCUCGCAGACAUACAGUACUGUAACAAGUGAUGUGGGUUCAGGCACUAGCAAGCCUGGAAACACGAACUGUUUCUUGUGGCAUUUAUUCCUUAGAGCUGUAUGAAAUAAGAGAUGUUUCUCCCAGGCUUCAGCUUUAUUCUGUAGUUGAACCUGAGUACAACACUUCUUUUUUUAAUUUAUUCCUUAAUAUAUGCCACUUCCAGAACUCACACUCAGCAUCGUAUCUUCGUUUUAAAUUUUUUUAAAUAUUCUCGUAUUUUAAAAUACAGAUACUGUUGUAUAAAUGUUGGACUGGAUAAAUGUUUCACUGUAGAAUUGAUGCAUGGUUUAAAACUGAGGGAUAAACAUCAUCCUAUGUUAAGGACUUCACUAAAAAUAAUUUGUCAGAGAACUCAAGUGCUUCAGCUCCUGGUCUCAGCCUCGCGUGCUGCUGCUGGACGUGCGUGGAGGCAGCGUUCUGUGGCCUGACCUUGUUUGCAGCUGAUUGAUGCGCUAACGGAGUCCCCAAGCUAGCAAGUGCAUUUGUCAGUUCUUAUCCCAAGCUGGUACGUUUCAGCUAGCGUGAACACAGGACGUGUCUGUUGCUAUUACAGUGGGACCUCACUUUUUCCAGUGCUUAGCGCAACCAGAAGACGAGCAGCCCAAGCCAGCCGGUGCUGCUGCAGCAAACCUGCUUCCCAUCCGGGGCAGCCACCACCGAGUUCACCCAACUUGAUGUCACCUUUGCUGGAUGAAACCCCAGACACUUUGUUUUCAUUUCUUUUGAUCAGGUUUCACCAAACAAUUUCACAAUCCUGGCGCUGUCCCUGGGGGAGACCUCAGUGUGGGUUUUGCCUAGCUAACGGUAAUAAUUGGCAGUGUCUUUGUUCCUUCCAAGGAAACAUCCACGCACAAUCAAACCAUGACUUGUUUUGCUGUUAUUUCAGUGUAACAGUUGCUCUGUGCACUCAUAGCUAGGGCACCCUGUGUUCGUAAUCCAUGCGCAGCAGCUGCAUGUACAGACCAUGGCAAGCCGUCCGAAGGGGCCUGUAGAUGAACGCCUCUUCCUUCUCCUCCUGCCCUGUGGGAGGACCCAAAUCUGAGUCCACCUCCAUCAGCUGCCGAGCUGCUGCUCUGCCUUCCCAGCAUGAGGGACGCGGUCUGUGGGAUGUGCUGGAGGCCGAGGCGAGGAGAGCAAGAGGCCUCCAGACCAGGCAGAUGGUAGAGGCUGGCAUCUCUUGGGUGGCUGCAAGGCUCGAAUGCACACACGCGUUUUGUGGUGCUCGUGCUGCAAAUUGGCUCGAAUGGGCAAUCCCUGCUGCACAACUGAGAUGCUGCUGAAACCAGGAGCUUUGCAAAACUGAGGUUUAAACCAGGAGCGUAACGCUGUGGCAAUGAGCCAAGUUAAACGCGCAGAAUUAAGGUAAAUCCAAGUGGAACACACUGAAACUGCGUAUCAGACCACUGAAUGCAACGAUCCUCCUUGGGUUUCUUUUUUUUUUCCUGCCUGCUUUCUUGUUGUAUUUUCAAACCUUUGUGAUUAUUCUGGUUUUAGUCUCCAAGUGCAUUUUCAUAAAGUGUCCUAGAUGUAAAUAAUUAAAUAACUUACCUGACUUUUUCCUGACACUUGGGAAAAGAGAAAAACAGUGACAAAAGUCACGGUUCUGGGAUUUUUAUUUUUUUUUUUCUAAAUUGUGUCUCUAGCAAAACUAAUCGCCAAAAUGAGAGCUUCCACUUCAGGUGUGAGUGCAGGUCUCCGUGCGUCUCUGCCUUCCAAUGGUGCCGUUGUGAACACUGACUAUCCCUUCUGUGAAGGCUGCUGGAAUUGAGUUUUGUACCCUUGUUUCUGCUGAUGAUUGCUUUCCUUUCCACUCGGUUUGUGUUUGGUAAAUGAACGUGUAUUAACGGACUGAAAAUACAACAGACCAUCACGUGUCAAAACAC